AUGAACAAAAACGGAACAGCUAAAAUGAAUGAUAAUCAAAUUAGAGCAGAAGGUAGAAGGUUAUUUAAACGCUUCUAUAACAUUCCUGAUGGUGUUAAUCCUAAAACUCGUAGAAGCUAUUUAAAUGAAGCAAUAGAUGCAUAUGAAGGGUUUGACAUUUCAUCAGAAAGUGAGAGAUUAGCGAGAAUGUUAAAUGUUAAUAUUGAUUUCUAUUAUUGUGAUCCUCAACCAGAAGACGUGGACAUAAAUAAGGUAGACUUUCCAUUAGUGGAAUCAAUAAUGAUAGAUCCAGAAUUUGAAACAGUAAAUAUUUUAUUAACACAGAGUCCAUGUGGAAAACUUCACGCUGACAGAAUAACAGACGUUGAAGCACUCACCGGCUAUAAAGUUUGUCCAUAUUGUAAAGAAGAAGUUUAUUCUAUCCGUGAUGAUCCAGAAAGGAAAAACCAAAGAAGAUUUUUAAAGCAUUGUGAGAAAUGUAAAGAAAAUAAUGGAAGAUUAAUUCAAGACGUUCAAUUGCAAAAGACCCAGCAACCAUAUGCACCACAUAUUACGAAACAGAAGAUAUAUCAGUGGUUAUUAGCUCAUAAUUUGCAGGAAUAUUAUCAACCGACAAGAUAUUAUAUUACUUUUGACUUUGAAACAUUAGAGACUAAAGAAGAAUUACAACUUUCUGA